UUCUAUGGUUUUAAUUUUGUUAAGUUUUCAUUAAAAUUAUGUUUAAAUUUAGCAUUUCUCCAAAUUAUUUAUCUUUGGUGACAGACUCAACUGAACACGCAGACUCAUAAAUAACGCAGCCGUUUUCUCGCCAAAGAUAAGUGGUGACCCGGUUUUUUGUGGAUUUAUCGCCUCUAUUCCAGUUUGUGGAUUGAAUUCUUCUCAUAUGCAAUUGUACAACAUUAACAUUUUCCAUUGAAAUUUCCAGAAUACUGUAAAAUAUGCCAUUGCCGGAAGAUAAUAGUUCAGAAGCAGUACCAGUGUCGGAAAUAUCACGAAUAGCAGUCAAACCUCCACCUUUUUGGAAGAAUAAUCCUAAAUUGUGGUUUGCCCAAAUCGAAGCCCAAUUUGAAAUUUCUGGCAUUACAAGAGAAGACACAAAAUUUAAUCAUGUCGUUGCCGCCAUUGAAUCUCAUAUUUUGGAUUCCAUCCAAGACCUGAUUAUCAGUCCACCUGGAAGUAAUCAAUAUUCCGUUUUGAAGACACGACUCAUAGAAAUCUAUGCUGAAACCGAAACUUCAAAAUUACGAACUUUAUUACAAGGUGUUGAACUUGGCGACCAGCGCCCAUCUUUACUGUUAAAAAGAAUGCGAGAUUUAGCAGGAAAGCAUUUCAGCGAUGAUUUACUAAAAUCACUGUGGCUUGAUAGACUACCAGCUAAUAUAAAAUUAGUGUUGGUUGCUUCUAGUGAACAGUUAAAUAACUUGGCAACUAUGGCUGACCGAAUUCUAGAGUUUGUUCCUCAAACUUCAGUCAACUCUACUACAGCGCCAGACCCUACACCGAAACAUCCAAGUUUGGAACAUCAAAUUUCAGAGUUGUCUAAACAAGUUGCUAACUUGAUGGAAAUAGUACAUAAUCGUCAAAAUUUUCAUAGGUCUAGAAGUCCAUCUUUUAAUCGCCAAAUGUCACGCAACGGACGUUCUCCGUUCAGACGCCAAUAUGUUGAACCUUCUAAUGAAUUUUGUUUCUACCACACCAAUUUCGGAGCCUCAGCAAGAAAAUGCAAGAGUCCAUGCAAAUUUCGAACUGUAACCAGGGACGUAACUAAACAUUCGGAAAACUAAAAAGGCGGUUGCCUAACGGCCGAAACAAUCGCCAGAUUGACAGAAUUCUACUGGCCGAUCGUAAGACUAAUAUCAAAUUCCUAGUCGAUACAGGUGCUGAUGUCAGCGUUAUUCCAAAACAUAAGUUGUGUUGUAAGGCUGACCCUACACUUCACCUGUAUGCUGCUAAUGGUACAGAAAUUCAUACCUAUGGAACAAAGUUAUUAGAUUUAGAUUUGAACUUAAGACGCCAAUUCCGAUGGAAAUUUAUUGUUGCUGACGUUAAGCAACCUAUAAUUGGUAUAGACUUUUUAACAAAUUUCAAUUUAUUAGUCGAUGCUCGACACAACUGUUUGAUUGAUGCCAAUACGAAACUUUCGUCAUCUGGGUUCCGAGUUCAAAACCAAGACUUUACUUUUAA